AUGUCAAGGCUGUGGGAGCUCACUGCUGUGUUGUCUCUCUCCACCAACUUGGCUAUCACCUCUUAUAUUCUGUACAAUCUUUGGAAGACAAGAUGGCAAUGUGAGGUAUCUGAGGAACCAGAGGCACGAGUCCUCAUGUUCCCUGAUGGGGGUUACCAGUGCAACUACUGGACUGCUGGUCAUUGUCAUUUUGAAAACUGCACUCUACUACAUCACAAGACUAACAAAACCCGCUUAAAAGAACUUUUAGAAGGUGCUGUAAAGAGUAUUGAUGUAUGUAUGUUUGUUCUCAGCUGUGCUGUGCUGUUAGACGCACUGAUAGAGGCUCACCGUAAAGGUGUGACAGUCAGAAUCGUGUGUGACAACAUGAAGAUCAGUGGCUCAGCUUACAAGAUAACUGAGGCUGGGUUGGAUGUGAGGGUGGACAAUAGUCCCUCCAUGAUGCACCACAAGUUCAUGAUCAUAGACAAGGAGAUCUUACUGACGGGGUCUUACAACUGGACUGCAAGUGGGGCAGCGUACAAUAGAGAGAAUGUUUUUAUAACUGAUGAGAAGUAUGUGCUAGAUCAGUUUAUUAGUGAGUUUGAGAAACUUUGGGUUACAUUUGAGGGUAGUUCAGAGAUCAGGUAUGAAGCCAUCACAUCUUGUGAUGUUAUAAGGAACAGAUUUGUUCACAGGUCAAAUAACAAAUCGUAG